ACGGACCGUGGAUCCAGUGGUAGAACUGGAAAGCUGCAAUAUUUGACGAGCCUCCGAGGGUUUCCUUUCCUCUCGUGCCCCUGUCCCCUGUUCUACCGCCGCCGCCGCGAUUCGUUGUGCCUCUUCGCGGCCGACCUUGCCGCCGGCGACGCGAGACAACAAGACAGGCCUACACCCACGGAAGUCAUCUCUCAAGGAGAGGCGUCGCCUUGCUCUUCCCCGCCCCUCUAAUUCUUCUUCUGUGGACAGAUUCCCCGCUCUUUGGAUUGCAAGGGGCUGGAUGGAGGCAAAACUAGCAUUCGCGCAGGACAGCCCGCCGCUUUCCAUUAUCUCUGCUGCCAAGAUUGCUGGUGUUUCCCUGACCAUUGAUCCUAGCCUUGCCUCAGGUUCAGUGCCCACGCUACAUCUUGGUUCUGGGGAUUUUAUCCAUGGCAUCAGCACAAUUCUUCGUUACAUUGCACGUGUCGUGUCUAUUCCCAGCUUCUAUGGACAAGAUGCUAUUGAGGCUGCACAUGUUGAUCAAUGGCUCGAGUAUGCCCCAGUCGUUCUUUCAGGCUCUGAGUUUGAAACUGCUUGCUCAUUUCUAGAUGGGUACUUGGCAUCUCGAACCUUUUUGGUUGGCUAUAGUCUGUCGAUUGCUGACAUUGUAGUAUGGUCGAAUCUCGCAGGAACUGGUCAACGAUGGGAAAGUCUAAGGAGGUCCAAGAAAUAUCAAAACCUUGUUCGCUGGUACAACAGUGUAGCUGUAGACUAUGCAGACAAACUAGAUGAAGUUAUAGCAGCUUAUGUUGGGAAGCGAGGGAUUGGGAAAUCUCCAGCACCAAGCCUGAGAGAAAAGGUGCAUGAUUCAAAGGAGAAUACCUCAGGUCCUGAAGUAGAUCUUCCAGGUGCGAAAGUUGGGGAGGUCUGUGUUCGUUUUGCCCCGGAACCUAGCGGCUAUCUCCACAUUGGGCAUGCAAAGGCUGGGUUACUGAAUAAGUAUUUUGCAGAGAGAUAUAAAGGGCGUCUAAUAGUUCGAUUUGAUGACACAAAUCCGUCAAAAGAAAGCAAUGAAUUUGUUGAGAACGUCCUGAAAGAUAUUGAUACGCUUGGAAUCAAAUAUGAUGUGGUUACAUACACAUCGGAUUAUUUUCCAAAGCUUAUGGACAUGGCUGAAAAUCUGAUUAAGCAGGGUAAGGCAUAUGUUGACGACACGCCUAAGGAGCAAAUGAGGAGUGAGAGGAUGGACGGUGUGGAAUCUAAAUGUAGAAACCAGACUGUUGAAGAGAAUCUGUCAUUGUGGAGAGAGAUGGUUAAUGGAACUGAAAGGGGUAUGCAGUGUUGCAUACGGGGUAAACUUAACAUGCAAGACCCUAACAAAUCACUCCGAGAUCCUGUUUACUACCGUUGCAACACUGAUCCCCAUCAUCGUGUUGGUUCAAAAUACAAGGUUUAUCCAACAUAUGACUUUGCUUGCCCAUUUGUUGAUGCAUUGGAAGGAGUGACUCAUGCUCUUCGUUCAAGUGAAUACCAUGAUCGGAAUGCACAGUACUAUCGUAUCCUUCAAGAUAUGGGUCUGCGGAGGGUAGAGAUCUAUGAGUUCAGCAGGUUGAAUAUGGUUUACACACUUCUUAGCAAGCGUAAGCUUCUCUGGUUUGUACAAAACAAGAAGGUGGAUGACUGGACUGAUCCACGCUUCCCUACUGUACAAGGCAUAGUACGUCGUGGCUUGAAGAUCGAAGCAUUGAUACAGUUUAUACUUGAGCAGGGUGCUUCAAAAAAUCUAAAUCUAAUGGAGUGGGAUAAACUCUGGACAAUCAAUAAGAAGAUAAUCGAUCCAGUGUGUGCAAGGCAUACUGCUGUGCUGAAAGACCAACGUGUGCUCUUGACUCUUACUAAUGGUCCAGAAGAGCCAUUCAUUCGAAUCUUACCAAGGCACAAGAAAUAUGAGGAUGCUGGAAAGAAGGCUACAACCUUCACAAACAGAAUUUGGUUAGAGUACGCUGAUGCAUCAGUCAUCGUCACCGGUCAGGAAGUCACUUUGAUGGACUGGGGAAAUGCUAUCAUUAAAGAAAUCAAGACAGAGAAUGGAAUAAUUACUCAACUUGUUGGUGAACUCAAUCUUAAGGGGUCAGUGAAGUUGACUAAGUUGAAGCUAACGUGGCUUCCUGAUAUAGAAGAUCUCGUACCUCUAUCUUUGGUUGAAUUUGACUACCUAAUUAAUAAGAAAAAGCUGGAGGAAGAUGAGGACUUCAUUGACAAUCUCAAUCCUUGCACGCGACGAGAAACUUCAGCUCUUGGAGACCCGAACAUGCGGAAUCUGAAACAAGGAGAAAUCAUACAGCUUGAAAGGAAAACGUACUACAGGUGUGAUGUUCCAUUUAUCCGGCAGUCCAAACCCAUUGUUCUUUUUGCAAUACCAGAUGGCCGACAACAGUCCACACUGAACUAGGAGUCUUGGAUGCUUUCUCGGCACUUGAAUUACAAGUUAAUUUGGUUCAGUUAUAGUAUUUUGCAUUUCUGGACAUUGUGUGUUUUAAUCAUGUUACGGAUCAACUCCUGUAAUGAACUAAUGAUCAAAAUUCGGAAGUCAGAAUGUAAGAUUCGGCACUAUAAUUAAUAUCGACUAUUUUGCUUCGUUUU